AUGUUAGCAACAACAGCACCAAACUCGUUAGUCAUGAACCCAACUUCAAUGUUAGUAGAGAUGAAAAGCUUCAUUCCUUCUUCAUAUACUUUCGAAACAGAAAUCCAGAAGAUAAAGCAGGAACUUCUCCAAGGAGAUUUAGACUGUAGUGCAAAAGAUGAAACAAAUGAACAGUAUCUUUAUGAAAUGCAAGAUAUUAUAGACCAUUUGCCUAAACUACCUGAAAUACAACAACAAAAACUCACUAUUCCAGAAUUCGAUGAAAUUGAAGUCAGACUGACUGACUCAGUAGAAAUAAAGAAGUUCAUACGAAAGGUAAACUAUGAGUUUCUUGGAUUUCAUUGCAACCACAAAGUCAUGGACAAAGAUUGCGAUAUGGUAUAUAAGAACAUCUCUGACAUAUACAAAUCUGAAGAAUUUAAGACCUACGAUAACUUUGUUUCGUUAGUUGCAAAAUGUGUAUGGCAGAUAAGAGAUAAAGAUAGAAGAGGUAAGAUAUGGAAUGAACAGAUAAAACCCGCAACUUUUGAGUUAAAGAGAGCAAUUGACGCCUUAGUCAUACUAGCAGGUAAGGUUUCAGAAUAUAACGCAAAAAUGAACCCACAAUGUUCUAAAUGUAAAGCAGCAAUGAGGAAAUAUAACUACUCCGUCAAAGAGAUAGAACGUAUGAGAAACGACUAUGCUGACUUAAAGAAAGAAGUAGAGAAACCAGCAGAAGAUAAAAUGGACAUGUUGACAUUUCUGAACAAAAACUAUCCAACAGCAGAAGAUUUCCUUCUAUCUGACGUCAAGAAGAAGUAUAAAGAAACUUUCGGCAUUGUUAAAACAUUCGAUAUCCUUCGUGAAGAAAUCGAAGCCACAAAAUUGUUUAGAAUUUCACGAAUUCACAAUGUUUACCAUGUAAAACGCUUAUAA